AUUGCUGUCUUGUGUGGAGAUAAUUUAUAAAAAAACAGAUAAUCUCUCUCCAUGUAUGUUAACAACAUUUAAAGAGGACGCCGUGGGGGUGGGGGGAUAGCUUCUUAUUUAACAACUUGUUUUUUUAAAAAAAUAUAAUAAUAAAAGGUGCUGGGAGUUUGCGGGAGAUUUUUGUUUGAAAUAUGGAAGAAGGGUCCAGUGAAGGUGACAUGUUUACAGUUGAGCACGAGCUGAAGAACGCUAAUUUAACAGGGCAUGCAGAAAAAGUUGGGAUAGAAAACUUUGAACUACUGAAGGUCCUUGGAACAGGAGCUUAUGGAAAAGUAUUUCUUGUGAGGAAAAUCAGUGGUCACGAUACCGGAAAGCUUUUUGCCAUGAAGGUGCUGAAGAAGGCAACAAUAGUUCAAAAAGCAAAGACUGCAGAGCACACCAGGACAGAGCGUCAAGUAUUGGAACACAUUCGACAAUCACCUUUCCUUGUCACAUUACAUUAUGCUUUUCAGACAGAUACAAAACUCCAUCUUAUUUUAGACUAUGUGAAUGGAGGGGAAUUGUUUACUCACUUGUCGCAGAGGGAACGUUUCACAGAGCAUGCAGUGAGAAUAUACAGUGGGGAGAUAGUGCUAGCACUGGAGCAUCUACAUAAGCUUGGAAUUAUAUAUCGAGAUAUUAAACUGGAAAAUAUACUUCUCGACAGUAAUGGCCAUGUGGUUCUAACAGAUUUUGGACUCAGUAAAGAGUUUCUAAUAGACGAAAAUGAACGAGCAUAUUCCUUUUGUGGUACUAUAGAGUACAUGGCUCCAGAAAUUGUUCAAGGUGGAGAUGCAGGACAUGAUAAGGCUGUAGAUUGGUGGAGCCUUGGAGUCCUGAUGUACGAACUGAAAACUGGAGCAUCACCUUUUACUGUUGAUGGAGAAAGGAAUUCACAAUCUGAAAUUUCAAAGAGAAUUUUGAAAAGUGAUCCUCCAUAUCCUCCGGAAAUUGGUCCUUUAGCUAAAGAUGUAAUGAAGCAGCUCCUGAUUAAAGAUCCAAAGAAACGGUUGGGCUCUGGUCCAGGAGGUGCUGAUGAAAUUAAGUCUCACCCCUUCUUCCAGAAGAUAAAUUGGGAUGAGUUAUCUGCCAAAAACAUUGAAGCUCCAUUUAAACCUGUCAUCAGGGAUGAGUUGGACGUUAGCAAUUUUGCUGAAGAGUUCACGGAAAUGGAUCCUACAUAUUCACCCGCAGCACUGCCUCAAAACUCUGAUAGAAUAUUUCAGGGCUACUCUUUCAUUGCACCCUCCAUUCUCUUCAAACGUAAUGCUGUUAUGACUGACCCCAUUCAGCUUCAUCUGGGAGUGGAUCGUCCUGGUAGUACUGCCAUUGCACGCAGUGCUAUGAUGAAGGAUUCCCCAUUUUAUCAACACUAUGACCUGGAUCUAAAAGACAGUCCACUUGGAGAAGGAAGUUUCUCCAUCUGUAGGAGGUGUCGUAAUAAGAAAACUGGGCAGGAAUUUGCUGUGAAAAUUGUCAGCAAAAGAAUGGAAGCAAAUACUCAACGGGAGAUUGCAGCUCUCAAGCUGUGUGAAGGACACCCUAACAUUGUAAAACUGCAUGAUGUUCACCACGAUCAGUUGCACACAUUCUUAGUGAUGGAACUGCUGAAAGGUGGAGAGCUGCUGGAGCGGAUCAGAAAGAAGAAACACUUCAGUGAAACGGAAGCUAGUCACAUAAUGCGCAAACUGGUCUCUGCUGUCAGCCAUAUGCACGAUGUGGGAGUAGUCCACAGGGACCUGAAGCCUGAGAACUUAUUAUACGCUGAUGAUAGUGACAGCACAGAAAUUAAAGUCAUUGAUUUUGGGUUUGCACGAUUGAAACCUCCUGAUAAUCAGCCUUUGAAGACCCCAUGCUUUACAUUACAUUACGCAGCUCCUGAAUUACUGAAGGAUGAUGGUUACGACGAAUCCUGUGAUCUGUGGAGUUUGGGUGUAAUCCUGUAUACCAUGUUAUCAGGGAAAGUACCAUUCCAAUGUGAGGAAAAGACAUUAACAUCCACCAGUGCCGAAGAAAUCAUGAGGAAAAUAAAACAAGGGGACUUUUCUUUUGAAGGUGAAGCUUGGAGAAAUGUCUCAGAAGAGGCCAAGGAAUUGAUUCAAGGACUGCUGACUGUUGAUCCAAACAAGCGGAUUAAAAUGUCGAGCCUCCGUUUCAAUGAAUGGCUUCAGGACAGCAGUCAGUUAUCAUCCAAUCCACUAAUGACCCCAGACGUUCUUGGUUCUUCAGGUGUUUCUGUCCACACGUAUGUCAAAGCAACAUUUCAUGCUUUCAACAAAUGCAAGAGGGAAGGCUUUUGCCUUCAGAAUGUGGACAAGGCACCUCUGGCGAAAAGACGCAAGAUGAAGAAAACCAGCACCAGUACUGAAACACGGAGCAGUUCUAGUGAAAGUUCCCACUCCUCCUCCUCUCAAUCCCAUGGCAAAACUACACCAACCACAAAACUACAGCCCAACAACCCAACAGACAGCAAUAAUCCAGACAGUAUCUUUCAAUUCUCCGAUUAAGCUGCUGCA